GAACCACACAAAUCUUCAAGCUUGUCCAUCCUCUAUUUUGGUUUUAUACAUUCUUGUUUCCUUUGUAUUAUAAGGAAUUUGAAUUGCAUUUGCUUCCUCAAUUUGGAAAGAGAUUUUUAAUUUUAGGAAGGGAAGAAAUCAAAUAAUGACGAUGGGAGAUAACAACCAUCACCAAGUGUUUGAUGUAUCCGCCAAUGGCUACGGUGAAUCCAAGUGUUUUGAUGAUGAUGGUCGUCUUAAAAGAAGUGGUAGUGUUUGGACUGCAAGUGCUCAUAUAAUUACAGCAGUUAUUGGUUCUGGAGUUUUGUCAUUAGCUUGGGCCACUGCUCAGCUUGGUUGGAUUGCUGGUCCAACUGUUUUGCUUCUCUUCUCCUUUGUUACUUACUACACUUCUGCUUUACUCGCUGAUUGUUACCGCUCUGGAGAUCAAGUUUCCGGCAAAAGAAACUAUACUUAUAUGGAUGCUGUCCGAGCCAAUCUUGGUGGGCUUCAGGUGAAGAUUUGUGGGGUAAUUCAGUAUGUGAAUCUUUUUGGAGUUGCAGUUGGCUAUACUAUUGCAUCUUCUAUUAGCAUGAUGGCUGUGAAAAGGUCUGAUUGUUUCCAUAAGCAUGGACACAGAGCAGCUUGCAAUGUUUCAAGCACUCCAUACAUGAUUAUGUUUGGAGUAAUGGAAAUCCUCUUCUCACAAAUCCCAGAUUUUGAUCAGAUUUGGUGGCUUUCUAUUGUGGCUGCUGUUAUGUCUUUCACAUACUCUACCAUUGGUCUUGGUUUAGGAGUUGCCCAAGUUGCAGAAAGAGGAAAAAUCCAAGGAAGUCUCACUGGGAUUAGUAUUGGAACUGAAGUAACUGAAAUGCAGAAGAUUUGGAGAAGUUUUCAAGCUCUUGGAGCUAUUGCCUUUGCUUAUUCUUACUCCCUCAUCCUUAUUGAGAUUCAGGAUACACUGAAAGCACCACCAUCAGAAGCCAAGACAAUGAAAAAGGCAACACUACUUAGUGUGGCAGUAACAACAGUAUUCUACAUGCUUUGUGGCUGCUUUGGAUAUGCAGCAUUUGGAGAUCAAUCCCCUGGAAAUCUACUAACCGGAUUUGGAUUCUACAACCCUUAUUGGCUUCUGGAUAUCGCGAACGUAGCCAUUGUUGUCCAUCUAGUUGGUGCAUACCAAGUUUACUGUCAACCCCUUUUCGCCUUUGUUGAAAAAACAGCAUUUGAAUGGUACCCUAGCAACAAAUUCAUCACGAAAGAGCUCGAUGUCCCAAUCCCUGGCUUUAAGCCUUUCAAGCUCAACCUUUUCCGUUUAGUUUGGAGGACGAUUUUCGUGAUCAUUACAACAGUUAUUUCUAUGUUGAUGCCAUUCUUUAAUGAUGUUGUUGGAAUUCUUGGAGCUUUUGGAUUUUGGCCACUUACAGUUUAUUUCCCAGUGGAAAUGUACAUUGUGCAAAAGAAAAUUCCGAAAUGGAGUGCAAGGUGGAUUAGUCUUCAAAUACUUAGUGCUGCUUGCCUUGUUAUAUCAAUUGCUGCAGCUGCUGGUUCUUUUGCUGGAGUUAUUUCUGAUCUAAAAGUUUACAGGCCAUUUAACACACCUAAUUAAACAUUUGGGACUCACCAAUUAUUGUUAUUAAACAAGGCCUGAAGAGGUUCUGACCAGCAACAAGUUGUUAUUGUGUAGGUUUUUUUUAGUUCAAUGACAAGAAGAAAAAAAGGCAGGUCCUUUUUAUGUAUUUAUGUACAACUCUUAUUUCACUGCAAAGAUGAAAUAGGAAAUUGAAUUCUGUGCAUUUCAACUUUUCUCUUGAAA